UGAACAAAUAGUAUUUCCUCAUUUAGUUUUAAUGAACUGUCGAUGUCUUGUGACGUACAUCCGCUGAUGUCAUGGCGACGGCUUGAAACAGUGGAGUUUUCUGCCUGUGAGAGAGAACACUAAUUUGUUUGCAGCUGUAAAUCGCAGCAUUACUUUUCUAAAAUGGCUAAGAAAAAGAAGAAGUCUGGCAAAAGGAAGUUGGAUAACAUGACAGAAGAGGAGAGAAUUCUUUAUGAGGAGCAGAAGCGUCUGGCAGAAGAAGAAAUGCGGAAGAAGAAGGAGGACAUGCUUUCCCAAUUUCUUAAGGAUAAACUUGCCAAAGAAGAGAAAGCUUCACGGUUCAAUCUAAACAAACUGAACCACCAGUGGCGAAACAUAAUGCGAGAAUCCAAGUCAAAGGAACUGAAAAAAGAGAUUGAAAUCCUUAGUCAGACUUUCGAGCGUGUCAUCGACAGAAAGGACGCUGUCAUUAAGUCACUUUCCAAAGAUCUGGAUGAGGCCGAGGAGCAGUAUUGUAUGGCCUUACGCAGCCAUAUGAAGAACAUUGACUAUCUCAUAGGUCUCCAAAAACAACGACUGCAGGCAUUGGAAGAAGAGUACGAUGAUGAACUUGAAAUAAUCCGUGAAGAGUUUGACUCAGAACGUGCCAUGCUGAUUGAGAUGCAUAACAAAGAAAUGAACGAUAUUGCUGAUAUUUUAUUUGCCAUGGAACAAAAUUUCAAUGACCGAGAAAAUGAUGCAAAGGCAGAGUUUCAGAGUAUGCGGGAUGAAAUCAAAAACAAGAAUUUGGAAGAGAAACAUGCUCUGCGAGUCCUGCUGGAAACUAAAGUGGAUGACCUUUGGCAGCAGUUCAGACAAGCUUUGCAAAAUUACAAUGACACCACUGAAGAACGUAAGACAGCUUUUGAAGUCUAUAAAGCCAAGGACGAGAAAAGUGCAAAGGAGAUAGACAUACAGAUGAGAAAACUCCAGAGAAUAUCAGAGCAGAUAGCCCAACUGAAGGCUAAAAUAAGCGCCAAUGCUCGAGAGUGUGACGAGAGGAACAGACAGCUCAAAGAGGAGAAAGAGAGGAUGCAAAAACACUUUCAGGAGUUAAAAAAGCAAAUGAACAAAAUUCGAGAUUGUGAGCGUGAGAAAUUGACCAAACUCACCCUGGAAAGUUGUGCCGCCAUUAAGGAACUAAAACGACAGAAGGAGAAGGGUGCACAAAUACUGAGAAUGGCUGAGGUCUGCCGAAAGCUGGAGACGGAGGAGGAGAAGGUUCUGCCCUUUUAUGCGUCCUCCCUGACCCAGGAGGAGCAAGAAGAUAUCAAGGCAGCGGUGCUGGAAGCGCCGUCUCAAGCUCUGGCCGCAACAAUGCACGAGUACCGGGCAGUGGAGAACUUCUGGAAGCGCUACAACAAAGUGCUGCUGGAGAGGCUGGCGCUUGAGAAGGAGAAGCAGGCGCUGAUGACUGAGAACGGCCAGCUACGUCUGCUGCUCAAGCAGUAUCUGGACGGCAUCUCUGUCAACGACGAAAUCCUCUCACACUACAACCCUCUCUUCAUCAUCAACGCCAAGAGCAAUUUCCAAUUUUCAGUGCCAUUAUCAGACCCGAGAAUUCAGCGGCCCGGGGCACCCGUAGUUUUGGAAGCUGCACACAUUGUCAAGCAUAUUCUACCAUCAUGAAAGAACUACCCAACCUACAGAUGAUGUUUCUGGUAUAGAAAACAUGAGCCAACAACGAUCUCGUUGGAAGAAAAUGCGGCCAAGAGAACAUUUUAUAAGAUGAAACUGUUAUAUAUAUAUAUCAUUUACUCUUUUGGUUUAGCUCAGAAACUGAUGAUGCUAAGUGAAAAUGAAGAAAGAAAUUGUCCUCAAUAAAUGUAUAGCUAAUGAAA